ACUAUACUACAUGUGUUGUUAGGAGGAAGCGGGCUUUCAGCAUUUCGCCUCUCCUGAGGAAGCACGUUCCAGCCAGCGAAAGUCGCCACCAAUCAAUGACCAGUAGACUACAACAUCGUACCUACAGUGGUAGGAAGCCCGAGACAAAGUAUUGCCGCAGAUAUCUGCGCAUAGCCACAACUAAAUGAAUCAAUAACUCUCCUCCAUCUUCCCUCGGAGUGGGAGGAAAGAUCGCGAAAAUGGUUUCGAUGAUCUGGAAAAGGACGUUGCUGCGGCUUCUGGGCCUACUCCGGCCUCGACGGACAUGGAAAUAUUUCAUCUGCUCCGGCAUGAUGCUCUACGUGGUCUCCUGUCUGCUAUUUGCCUCACGGCCGCUAUUCUCAUCCAGACUGCCGGCAUACACGGGGCCGUACUCUGUUGGGACAAUUGACCUGGAGAUUCCGACGGAGCGUCGCACGAUUAUUCACGGCGCGCGGUUCAAGGACAGCGAUGAUCCAGCUUUUCUGUUGGAGACGGUCCUGUUCACUCUCUACUAUCCGACAGCGAAAGGGUCCGUUUCAAACAAGCCGCAUCACUUAUGGAUUCCUCGUCCGCUAGGUAUUGUGGCGGCGGGAUACGCUCGGUUCGCACACUUUAGCAACGUUGUCAGCAAUGCGGUCCUCACCUUCGGCCUGUGGUUCUUGGUCGGCGGCACCAAGAUCCCAGCGCUAGUCGACGUGCCAUUGCAUGAGGACACUACUGUGGUGCUACAAUCCCCCGAGCCGCUCAAUGUCCCCGUGGACACAGAGGAUGGGUAUCCAGUCAUGUUGUUCUCGCACGGCAUGGCGAGUUCACGGACCCAGUAUACGCAGUAUUGUGGCGAAAUGGCCAGCCGUGGCAUCGUCGUCGCGGCCAUUGAACAUCGCGACGGUAGUGGACCUGGCACAGUGAUUAUGGCGCCGGACAGCAAGCACAGGACAUUAUUGCAUUUCUCGCACAGCGAUCUACGAGGCGACAGCGAUCUGGACCUCGAAACGUUCAAACAGGCACAACUUGAUUUUCGACAGGCAGAAGUCGAAGAGAUUGUUCGCGUGCUAACCCAUAUCAACGACGGCCAUGGCCAGAGGGUCUUUUCGGCCAACGCGCGCGGCGAAGGCGAGCACUUGCAUCAAUGGAAGGGCCGUCUUGCAUUGAACAAUGCGACGAUAAUGGCAGGCCAUUCAUUUGGGGCGACGCUGGCCCUCCAAACAUUGAGGGACGGACCGUCAUCUGGGCUGCCAUUCAAGGCUGCCGUGGUAUUGGAUCCGGGAAAGCAGAGCGGACCUCUAAACCACGACGUUAACGUGUCGACACUGAUCAUCCAUUCCAAUUCGUGGUCACGGCAACGUUCCAUCUUUUUUGGCCGCGCACACUUUGACGUGGUCAAAGAUGUGGUUCAGGGGAUCAUAAGCAGAGGCAAAGCCGCCUGGUUUUUGACUUCGCUGGGCACCUCUCACCCUUCGGUCACUGAUGCCCCUUUGCUCGAGCCCUGGCUGCUCGGCUGGACAACGGGCUCGACCAUCGAUGCCCACGAAGGUGUGCGCCAGUAUGUCAAAGUCUCGGACGAGUUUCUGCGCUACCAGGCCACAGGGCAACCGACGGGCUUGUUAUCCGAAUGUGUGACUCAUCCCGAAUAUAACGUCGUCGAUAAGAAUAACACCGUCGUCGACGAUCCUCGCUGGUCAGAAACCUUCUCCAAGUACUGGCAGAUCCAUGUCGCUCCGUGUAGCGCAACAUCCGAGGAUGAGGAUGAGGGACCUUGAACCUUGGUGCAGACACAUCCGAGAUGCAGCAAUGGGUUCUGCAGCAACUUCGUGAGGGCCUGUUGAAUUCCAAGCGCAAAUCCUGCAACACCCGCAGAAAGGUGGCCGGAUUACACUGGGACGAGCCGCGUCAGUGAGUAUUUCGAGUGCUCUGCCAGAGCCGUGGCCGGGUGCCGAAAAUGCUUUGCUACGACGCAAUAGGGUUCGAUAAAGUCCGCAAAAGAACCAAUCGAACUCUGAACAGUUUUCGUCUCCAGGCAUCGACAACCAGAGCGGUGAAGGGACGACUUUAACCCCAACCAUUCCAUGCCACGGUGCCGAGCAUCACAAGCACCAUCCAUCGUCCGGAUCCGGAUUGCCCACCAUGAAUACUACUGCAUGGCCGGCUCCAGCCAAGCUACUCACAGCCUCGCCCGCAACUGGUACUCCUCCAGGAGCAUGCCAUACUGGUACACCAGUCACUACUGAGCGGCGAUUAGGUCCGCAUCACUGCGUCCUACGAUACAGAAGUGAAUGGCUAGGACAGAGGCAGAACCAGCUUUUAUGCGUCCAGCAAGUGAGCAAUGGUCCAACCUUGGAAAAAAAAUGGCCCUCUAUGAAUCCGCGUCCAACAAGUCACACACGAGCUUGGUGGUAGAGCUUGGAUGCAAAGGUAUUGCCGGAGACGACAAGGCUGACACCGGUCUUGCUGCUUACAUACCUAGGCCAGGAUAUUGGGUACAAGGCCCCGAAGGACGAAGGACAGUAAUGCAAUUAGAGAAUCGGAGAAUAGGAGUCGAAGAGGAAGAGGAAAAGGUAAAGGAAGGAAGUCGUACGAAUGGCUACCAUGUCCCGGGACAAAUAUGCAGUAUCGCCAACAUCGUCGAUCUGCGAUCAGGUCCCGCAAUCGAUAAUGCCCAGCAGAGGAGGAAUACAGAGAUCAUAUAGCGAGAGAAAGGAAUAUUGCAUUUGUUGACAUACUCCGAGUCUACAACUUGAUACUCUUGACGACAUUAGUUUUGAUGCCGGUGGCUUCGCCGCCGUAUCCACCUCGGCCCUCGCCACCCUUGUAGACGGGACGGAUGGAAGCCAACUUCUUCAUCUUCUCGUCAAACUUCUUCCUCUUCUUGACUCGAGGGUUCCGGACUUCCUUCUUCCUUCUGGGGGCGAGACCCUUAUUCUUCUCGAUGGCGUAUGUGAUCUUGCGCUUGCCGUCGGGCCCAAUCUGCUCUUCUUCGUACACCUGUGCGCCCGCUCCUUGUCUGGCCGCCUCGGCGUAGGCUUCCGCCCUGGCUCGCUUCUCGGCUUUCUUCUGCUCCUUGUUGGCCACGAGCAUGUCAUAGUACUGACUUGCUUCGUCGUUCAACUGUGCACCCUUGCCGGCGUCAUCAUCGCCGGAGUCGUUGCCAUCCAAGGCUUCUUGGCCCCGCGCAGCUGACUUUCCUCGUUGUUCGGCUUCGCGCAUAAGUCGUUCCUGUUUGUCUCGUAGACGCUCUUUGUACGGGACAUCGUCGUCGCCUCCGGCGUGGCGUGACGCGGCACCGCGUUUGUUGGCCUUCUGGGCGAUCUGAGACGUGUAGAACCGCAAACUCUUUUUCCGCCGGGCCUUUUCGGCGGCCUCUUCUUGCGUCAGGGGUCCUUCGUCGCCAAAAUCGGACUCGUCGUCGGCAGCAUUGGCGGACUGCUGCAGUGAUGUCUCGAGAAGUUCUUGGAGAUCGUUGCGCUUCGGCUUUCGCGACUUCUUCUUCUUGGUGGCUUGCUUGACCUCGGCCUCUGGCGGGAAGAAUUCGGACAUGGAUGGUAUAGGGGAAGGCGAGCGCGAAAUCGACAUCCGCUCCUUUUUCGAUUUCGACUUCGUCUUCUCCUUUUUGGCUUUUUUCUGCUUCUGUGAGACACCGACUGCUGGCUCCUGCUUCUUCUCGUCCGCAGGUUGGAGGGAGUGAUCUUCUGGCACGGUCUGUACAUCAAUCGGACGGAGCGCUUCGGCCUUAAGCCAAAGGUCCCGGCAGCGAACCAGAUUGUUCAUAAUGGGGUGUUCGCGCAGUUCCGCAGGCGGCAGAGCCAUGCCGGAUUUGGUGGAUGUCAGCAGGGCCAGGUACAUGGCGACUGCGCCUAGAUAUGCAGAUAGCGCACGGAACUUGGUCCAGGAUACAGAUUGACGAUCUGCCUCUGACUGUGCCG